AUGUCGCAUGCAGAUAUUGCUAAUAUAUUAGGAACAAUUGGAACUGUUCUAUGGUGCAUCCAAUUAUCUCCUCAGAUCUAUUUUCUAUGGAAAAAGAAAGAUGCCACAGGUUUUCCCCCAAUAUUCAUGUUUCUUUGGGCUGCAUCUGGUGUUCCAUUUUCCAUUUAUUUUGUUGGAUCGGAUUCUUACAUUCCAAUGCAAGUGCAACCGCAGAUGUUUACACUUUUAUGCUCAAUAGCAUGGAUACAAUCUAUGUACUAUCCUCCAUACAGCUAUCCCAAGAGGAAAUGUAUUGGUUAUGCAGUUACAUUUUAUGCCAUAUCAUUAGCAUGCGAGUUGGGAUUUGGAAUCACAUUGAAAAAAGUUUAUUUGAACGGAACACAUUGGCCGAUGCUUGUAUUUGGAAUUAUUGCCUCUGUUUUGCUUGUUGCUGGUCUCGUUCCUCCUUAUUUUGAAUUAGCCAAGCGUCAAGGACAGGUUGUUGGAAUCAACUUUUUCUUUCUAGCUAUGGAUUCUUCGGGCGCAAUUUUUUCCAUGGCCAGUAAUUGUGUGGAUAAAAUCGAUAUAAUGGCUAUGAUUUUGUACAUUUUAGUGAUUGUCAUGGAAGCUGGAAUUUUUACCUCCCAACUAGUUUGGUGGCUGAGAAUUGGCCGAAAACAAAAGAACAAUAUUGACAGCGGUGACAAAGUCAACGAGAAUGAAUGUCUCCAAGAAGUUGAUCUAAACUCCAUUGAUCUUGAAAGUCAACGUUCACUUUCUGAAAGCCAGGUGCAACAGGAUAGAGAACGUCAGGCUAACUUAAAGAAGGAGGAAACGUUGACCCAUCAAUCGAAAUGCAAUAGCUCUGAUUGA